AGCAAAUUGAGUCUCCGCUGAUUAUUUCCAUUUUCUCCUCCUCCUCUUCUCAAGAGUCUCCGCUCUGCCGCCGCCAUGGCGUUCCACGGCCGCAUCCCACUCGAGCUCUCCUACACCGUGAACCACCUUGGCGAUGAUCCUGCGGCCAUAGGAUCCAUGGAUUCACUCUCAGGCACGGCGGAGCACGCGCUCGCCGCGAAGUCGUUCGCCCUGGUCGGCGAAGGGGCUAAUUCGUCCUGGCUCCACGACGGAGGAUUCCUCCACCUCCAGUCCCCCUCAGAGCCUUCCCCUUCGCCACGGGAAGGCCGCUUCGUCGGAGGAGUAGGAGGGCAGUGGUUGCCGAGUUUUCCCCUGGUGCGAGGCCGGGACGAGGGCUACGCCGGCGAUCUCCACGCGGCGGAGGAACCAGAAGCGAGUGGCGGCGGGGAGGCGGGGGUGGCCAUGUGGAAGAGCGCGAGGCACAAGUCAGAGAUACUAGCGCACCCGUUGUACGAGCAGCUGCUGGCGGCGCACAUCGCGUGCUUGAGAGUGGCGACGCCGGUGGACCAGCUGCCGAGGAUCGACGCGCAGCUCGCCCAGACGCGGCACGUCUUCGGGAAAUACUCUGCGCUCGGAGCACAAAUGCUCGCCGACGACAAGGAACUCGAUCAAUUUAUGGCACAAUAUGUCUUGCUGCUCCGUUCCUUCAAAGAUCAACUGCAGCAGCAUGUUCGUGUGGACGCAAUGGAGGCAGUGAUGGCCUGCUGGGAGCUCGAACAGUCACUGCAAAGCCUAACAGGUGUCUCUCCUGGCGAAGGCACCGGUGCGACCAUGUCAGACGAUGACGACGAGGAGGACCAGGAAGACAAUGAACCGACCUUGUUCGGCAGAUUCAUGGAUGGAUCAGAGAGCAUGGGGUUCGGCCCGCUUGUGCCGACGGAGAGCGAGAGGAGCUUGAUGGAACGAGUGAGGCAGGAGCUAAAGCUAGAACUGAAACAGGGGUACAAGGAGAAGCUUGUAGAUGUCAGAGAGGAAAUUCUCCGAAAAAGAAGAGCUGGGAAGCUCCCAGGCGAUACCACUUCUACCUUGAAGGCCUGGUGGCAGUCCCACUCCCAGUGGCCAUACCCAACGGAGGAAGACAAAGCACGGCUGGUGCAAGAAACGGCGCUGCAGCUAAAGCAAAUCAACAACUGGUUCAUCAACCAAAGGAAAAGGAACUGGCACAGCAAUCCACCACCAUCGUCGUCGUCAUCUAGUGUAGCAAAGAGCAAGAGGAAGAGCAAUGCAGGUGAUAAAACACAAGUUUGAAAGGCAAUUGGUAGGGCCGUGGAUCAGCAAUCCAAGGAACCCUCAAAAUCUUGAGUCUGAGAAGGUUGUCUGAAGGAUCGUGUAUAGUUUGUUCUUCCUUUUUCCCGUGAGUGUUCUUCCAUUUCAGUUAUGAGGGUUUGAAAAUUGCUAUAUAAUUGUAAUAAACAAAUAAAUAUGAAAAUAUUUACUAAGUUGCAUCUCAA